AUGGCACUCAAUGGCGCGGCCCCGGCUCCCGUCGCGGAUAUGGACAUCGACAUGGACCUUGACCUAGGCCCCGAGCCAGAGCUCGAGCCAAUUCAAAUGGAAGCAACCCCAGUUAUCGAAAGCAACCUCGAACCCGAACCCCCCAAGGAUGAAGCGGUCUACGAGAAAGUGCAUGUUCGCGGGGUGGACGACUUGACCACAGACGACAUCAAACAAUUCGCUCGUGAUUGCUCUGGACAGGAACCAGUGCGCAUUGAAUGGAUAGACGACACCUCAGCCAACAUCAUCUAUUCCGACGCCGAGGCCGGCCUCCAAGCCCUCGCAGCUCUCACCCAAGUCGCCGCGGAUGAAGAUGCGUCAACCUUGCCACCUUUGCGUCUGCGAUCCGCGAAACUCAUGGCUUCACACCCCGACUCUGUCAUCCAAGUGCGAUCGGCUGUCAAGUCAGACCGCAAGCUGCCACGCGCUCAUGAGAAAAGUCGCUUCUACCUGAUGCACCCCGAGCACGAUCCCAGAGAACGUCUGCGACAGGAGUUUGCGGAUAGAAGACGAAGCGACGAUGCAGGUGACGGUGAUUACCGGCGACGCAAGUUCGAUAACCGGGAGCAUCAACGUCGCCGAGAUCGCGACGGCGGCGACCUUUUCAACGUCGACAUGUACGAUGACAAUGCUGCACCAGAAUCUGCUCGGGCCGAGCGCAGAGGUCGGGGUCAUAAGAACAGGGAUCUAUUCCCGGAACACGAGGACCGAUCGACUGGACGUCUCCGGAAUCGCAGUGCGUCACCAGGAAGAGACACACUGGAGGAAGAUCUCCGAGUUGACCGAAGUGGUCAUGAUGAUAGCAGGCGAUUCCGCGAGAGAUCACCUCGUCAUACUCGCGAAAAACAGACCAGGGAGCUUUUCCCCACUGCAGGCGAGAGCGCGCCAGGAAAUCGCGAGCUCUUCCCGAAUAAGACCACAUCCAGCUACAUUAAGAAGGAACUGCUGCCUGGCAAGCCCAGUCAUCAUCGCAGGUCAGAUGCAUUUGAUGCGACUUCCAUCCCAGGCACCGCUGAACGCCGACGCAGCAAUAUUGAGCUUUUCCCUGAUUCCACCCCAAGUGACACCCGCAUUCGUGGAGCAGCUACCGAGGAUCAAGGCUUUGCCAUCCGCGGCGGCGCAGCAGGUGGUCUCUCAAUCAAAGGCAAAGGUGCAUCUGUACGUGAGCUGUUUCCUUCCAAGUAUGAUAGCAACACCACCAAUGCUGGCAACGAUUUGUUCUCCGACACGCUGGAGGGACGCGGUGGUCGGCGACGUCGGGCUCAGGAUAUGUUCGGCGGGACAGGAUAG